AUGACUAGCGCAACCAGCCACCUCUACGCCCUCCACAACGUGGAGCACUUCAUCUUCACCUCAAUCAUCGAGGCGACGAGCGACGAGGUGGGAGCGGUAGAGUGGUGGCAACAAGCUGGGCUUCUCGAGGGCUCUAAGUGUUGCCCAGGCUGCCAGCAGCCCAUGCGCUUAAGGGUCUCUAGAAAAACAAAACACUGGCGAUGUUGCCGCAAGAAACGUCAUGAUGACGCCUUAGCAGAACGGCUACUGUAUGCGUGGUGCAUGCGAGUGUCGCACGCCAACACGGCGGCAAUAGCGGACAUGUCGGAGACUACGGUGGAGGACUGGUACGGCUACGUUCGUUGUCUCUACUCAAAGCAGCUUCAGAUUGGUGGUGUGGGCUACAUUGUCGAAUUUGAUGGCUACCACCGCUCAGGUUAUGUGUGGCUUGGUUCAGCUAAUUAA